AUGGCCUCCAUGUGGUCAGCGCAGGCCUUUUCUUUGAGCCCGCACGUCUCGUUCUCCUCCUCCUCCUCAUCCUCUUCCACAGUAUUUCUGUCUCUCUUUCCUUCCAGGGCUCGGGGUCACACCUUCAACCUGGCAAGGCGGCGAUACUUGUCCACAACGAGAGCGAGGGCGAUUGCAAUGAAAAACAGCAAUGAUGGUGCCCUGGAUGUGGACACGACGAUAGACGAGGUGAUGAAGGACAUCAACAAGUACAUAGACAAGUAUGUCUUCGUCCGCGAUGUGUCUGCAGACGAUGCGGCUGAGAUGAGAGCGGCCGCUCUGGUAGCAAGGAGGAAGUACAGGCGCGAGGUGUCAGCGGGAAGCCUGCCCCAGAGCGUGGGAGAACUUCGAACAGGUCUCUUGCAGAGCGUGAGAGACAUUCUUGUCAACCAGCAAGAUCUUAUCGGCCCGGAUGAGUGGGAUAAGUUGCUCAAAGGUUUCUCGCAAUCAACGGCUGCUCAGCGCCCGAGCGUUGACUUGGAUGCGAUCAAAACACAGCUGCGAAGGCUGUUUCCCAACUGCUCCGAGCAAGGCAUGAAUGAAGUUCACCUUGCAGAGCUUGAGUUUGCCGCGAGGAGGGGAAUCACCUUAGAAGGAGCUACCGAGAUGUACUGUCGCGGCAUGCCAGAAUCCGAUGUGCUCAGUGAUAUCUUGUUCGCCACUGCGUCGAUCACUUACAAGCCGAAGGAUGAAGAGGUCCGGACAUCAGCAGGGCACCCAGCCAGGUUGCCUGAGAUCGGUGAACGAUGGGAGCUGGUGACUCCCCCGGUGAAUGCCGGGCCUUCAGCCUUCGGGAUCUUCUUCGACAUCAUCGCCAAGGAGCACCCUGUGGAGAUCACAGGGUUUGCGAGCGGCUCGUCCCCUGCAUUGAACUUUGGGGCUGGAAAAAGCAUCGUGACUCAGGUCUCGGUCUGCAAGGAAGGAAGCGGGAGGGGGAAGGAGCUCGACGGAACUCGCUGGGAGGCGCUGGGAGGGGGAGAAAUCUCACUGCCCAUUAUCUCUUGGAUGGACGGAAGGCCGGAAUAUGGCGAGAUUCCAUGCAGCAAGACUUUGAAGCUGAAGGCGGGAGAGACUCGAGGUGUUUGUAUCCACACCAACAACAUCAACGGAUUGAUCAUCAGGAUGACGAAAGAUGUGGCGUUGGAUUCUGACUUCCUCGAUCAAGAUUUCGGAGGAAACGACUCAGAUGACGAAGUGACAGGCUUGCCACGAGGAGCAUUUGCGCCAGGAGAAAUUUUCGCCGAGGAUUCCUGCCUGGCUCUUGCGUGUGGUUUCACGGCCGCCAGUCGCUCCUUUGACACGCCUCCUUCGUCUCAGCCCGUCAUUGCAGCUUUCGUGGGGAACGUCAAGUACGUGAGGGAAGGUUGAGAUGGAAAAGAACUAGAGAGAAGGAAAACAAGUUCCAGGAAGAAGUUGGAAAGACAGUAAGAAAGUUUGCCAUGCAGUUCCAAUAAAUCGAGGGGAAUC